GAUAAAUCUCUGCUUACCCAGACCGAAGAAACCCAAGCGAAUAUUCCAUUGAACCAUCCUCAGCUAUUAACAAUCUUAAGCAACCAAUCUAGCCAAACGUCCCCCAGAAACCCAGCGCCAUCUUCUCUGCAGGUUUGGACCAAUGGAAUACAAUCCCAAGUACAAGAAACCCAAACCGAUAUUCGAGACGGUGCGGAGUGUGAAAAGAUGAAUGCAGACCAAGCGAAAAAAGCGUCAACUUUUCGAGAAGAGACAACUUUCAGUAAAUAUGAUGCGAAACAGAAAGCUCAUGGAAAUAAACAACAAAAGGGUCGAACCACUUGCUCAGCAAGACAUGCAUCGAAGAUUGACAAGUUGCAGAUAUUCACAUCAGCAAGCUCAGCUAGAAAUUUUAUUCCUUGGCACACAUUAAGAAGGAAGGAGGGAAACCGAAGAAUGAUCGAGAAUUACAAAGCAAUGAUCCAGCACAAACGUGUCGACACUCACACUCCUGAAUCGGAAAGUAACCCAUCUACUACAGAUAUAGCCUUGCCCGUAACCCCAAAUCAUUGUGAUGGUAACUACAUAGACCUAGAACAAGGCCAGAGCAACUCGCCGGCUGUCUCAAUCCGUUCCGAUUAUCAGAGUUUCUCGCAACAUCCGGAACCAAGUAACCAAGCCGCACAGGAUGACAAUACUUUUGAAAUUCAGACAGAGCAACGUCCUCAAUCCUUCGACCUCUGCGACGUGCCGUGCGGACCUUCGAUUAGUCAAAAGCAACCCUUAAGAGAUUUCGUUUGCACAGAACAAUGUGUUCGGGAAAAGCGAAGGCGUUCAGUGACCUUUCGAGAUGAAAGCGGACUUGGCAACCGCAGCGCCGUCGACUGGGAGCGAUUGCCCAAGCUAUCCAUGGAACGUGACACGGCGGGUGCACAACAGCCGGUUGAUGAUAACGAUUAUACAGAUGAUGAUCUACUAGAUUCCCACAGAUCAACAAACACAGAAUUUACGUGCAACGAAUCCAAUUAUGAGGACGAGUGUUCAACCUUCAAUGACAGCAAUCGCGAUUACAUACCGCCCUUUACUGGAUGUCCCUGUAUGUACAAUGAGUACCUCAAGCUGGUUGCCAAGUGUAGGCGACCAAAUAUCUGAUUUACGUGAGAUGAGGACGUUUGGCUUUCCACAUUCAUUUUCUGAAAUCAUGAAAGUUAAAUGUGAA